CUUCUCUUCUCUCCGCCUCUGCAAAAAGUUUUAAACCCUAAUCAACUAAAUUUGUCCUCCCUCUCUCUCUCUCUCUCUCUCUAUCCGGGGGACAUACAUGGCUGAGAAAAAUGGGAACUUGGUGGGUAGUGAGACUCCCAAAGACCAGAAAAACCCCUUCUCUUUCUUCCCCAACCUCGGUUUCAAAUUCCCAUUUCAAUUCCCCAAGAAGGAGCCGAAACCAGUGAAAAAACCCGAACUUGCCGCUGGCGAGAGCGAGGGCGAGAGCAGGAGCGAGAAGCCUGACGUUGUGAGCUUCCCUCCCAAGCCUUUGGAGUCUCCGCCUCCGUUGAAGCUCGAGGUUGAGGAAGAGUCCGGGAAGACUUCGAAUCCGGUGAUUUUAUGGCAGGUUUAUGCUAUUGGGGGCUUCCUCAUCUUGAGGUGGGUCUGGGGAAGAUGGCAAGAGAGGAAGGCCAGAAAGGGCAGUGAUGAUCAAGCUACCGAAGAUGCCCAAGACUCGGCACCUGAUGAUUCCACUCCCCAUUAGCAUAAUGAUCACUGACUCUUUCUUACUAUGUCGUGUGGUAUAGUGGUUUUGUAUACUCUCCUCUCUCAUAACUUGGUUCAGUGUAUAAACCCUCCUGAUGGUUUAGUGAACUGAAAGGCUUUUCUAAAAAACUUGGCUCGCAUUGUAUAUCCAAGACGAACCCGGGUUUCGCCUGCUGCAGGUACUCAGCUGUCGCCAAGAUUUGGUCUUUUGAAUUGCUUUCACGAAGAAUAGCGUUUGGAAACACAAAAGUUCAGUUUACAAAAUCAGUUUCUUUAGGGCGUUUGAAUGUGGCCACCGAUGAUUCAAACACUCACUUUGUUGUUUCUCA